GCUAGUUUGUUUGAGUUUCCAUGCGCAGUAAAGCGCAGAGCAGUAUUACCCCUCCUCCAGCGCCGUUCACCCCGGCCUCCAACACUACAGGGGUUUUUAAAUAACAUUUAAUCAGAAGAAUCAGUUUAAAGAAAUCUGGUCAUGCGAUGCAAUUUAUUUCCGCCGGAGGAAAGAAGAACAAACUAGAUAAAGACCGGUUGGCGAUGAUGGAUUACUCAAAGGCGCAAAUGUCAAGCUUAUCUGAGGAAGGCAGUUCACAGUUCAAUCCUGCUGGGGUGAAGCUGGAGGUGAUGAUGGAGCAUCUGCAGAGACAACAAGGGGCCAAACUGGAGAUGAACCUGCAAGAGAAACAUCUCCUUCAAGCCCAGCUCCUGUUUGCUCAACAUGCUGCUGCAGUGAGAGCCUCUGGCUCCAGACUAGACUCUUCAUUAUUUGGCAAAGCAGAUGGACAGACUUAUCAAGCAGCUCAACAAGCUUUGAACCGCCAUCUCAGCAGAAUAGAUCCAGAUGAAGAAGAUGAAGACUCAAACGAGGAGGAACAGGAAAUGGUGGAGCCUGAAGAGAAUGAUGAUGAGGACGAGGACGAGGAGGAGGAGAACAACAUGCCUCAUCAGCAGGCGAAGAAGCCUCGACUCCAGCAGGUUGCAGGCUUCCCGUUCCCUCCUUAUUCCACAUCUCACUCGUCUGUUGUGAAGCAAAUGUCCGAAUCUCCACCUUCAGCAAUAAAACAGGAGGAGGAGGAGAAGGAGCUGCUGUCUCCCACAGGCCAACAGGCCUUCACAUCACCCAAUGGCUUCGCUGACUGGGGCUAUGAUGAGCCAUUUAAACAAAGAGGAAGUGCCAUCUGGGCUGAGGAGAAUGACGGAGGAAAAGUCAGAGGAGAACCAUCCAGGGACUUUGCCAAGCUUUAUGAACUGGAUAAUGACCCACAACGGAAGGAGUUUCUUGAUGAUCUCUUUGUCUUUAUGCAGAAACGAGGAACUCCUGUGAACCGCAUUCCCAUCAUGGCGAAGCAGAUACUGGACCUGUACAGGCUUUAUAAGCUUGUGACAGAGAAGGGAGGCCUGGUGGAGGUUAUUAACAAGAAGAUCUGGAGGGAGAUCACCAAAGGUCUCAAUCUCCCCACAUCCAUCACCAGCGCAGCCUUCACCCUCCGCACCCAGUAUAUGAAGUAUCUGUACCCGUUUGAGUGUGAGAAGAAAAGCCUGAGCUCUCCAGGUGAGCUGCAGGCUGCCAUCGACAGUAAUCGUAGAGAAGGUCGACGCCCCAGCUACACCAACAGCCUGUACCGCUACUCUCCCUCCCCGAGCUCUGCUCCUCACGCCCUCCUCUCUUCACCCACAAUGCAAACCCCGACCGGACACAACGGCCUGAUACCAUCCGCUAGCCCAAAUCUGAAGAGAAAGACAGAAGAGACGUCUACCCCUGUACUACCCAGCCGGCUGCCCAUGGCUCUGACACUGAGCCAGCAGCAGCAGCAACUGGCACAAGCUGCCACAUUGGAGCAUCUGAGAGAGAGACUGGAGCGAGGAGCAGGAGGAGCUGCAACCGACGGUCCAGACAAGAAGAUGAUGCAGCUGGCGGAGGAGCAGCAACGCCUCAUGCAGCAGGCCCUCCAGCAAAACCUCCUGGCCUUUGCCUCUCAAUUCAACCCCAUGAACCUCAAACAUAACAACGGACAUGAAAGCAAACAGGAUAUGUCUCUGAGUAUCUCCACUAAUGGAGCAGCCAGUAUCAGUGUUUCUGUGGAGGUCAAUGGCACCAUUUACUCAGGAAUGCUGUUUGCCCAGAAGUCAGCUGCUACUGUAGCAUCGCAGGCUGUAACUCUGGCAGGAACGAGUGGUUUCAGUGCCCUCUCCUCCUCGCACAGUCCCUCCUCUUCAUCAUCCACCUCCUCAAAGGGACCAAAUUAAGGCUCGCUGCCUUUUAAAUCUCUUCUGAUCAUACACAAUGUACCUCUCUUGUCAGAUGAGUCCUUUGUCAAUUAUAGGUAAAAUCUGCUGCAACACAUGAAGCAUUUCAGUUUAUUUCUAGCAUUGUUUUACUUUCACAGUGUAAUGUGCUUAAGAUUUGUCUUGUCAAGAGGACAUUGAUUUUGACCUCAUAAGCUUCCAAACUGACUGUAAUAUAAGUUCAGGUCACAGUUCACCUUAGUGCCUGUUAGAAGCUCUUCGAAAUGUAGUGGAAUUAAUGUCUUAAAGAGCUUUGUCCAGAAGUCUCUUUAAAGCAAAAAUGCUCCAAAAAUGAAUCAAUGCUUAGCCUCUUUGGGUGUCAACUACAUGUAUAGCUAAUCAUCAGUUUUGUAGCUGCCUUUUUCCAAAGUAGGACAGUGUGGUUGCCAAAGUGCACCUGAUGAAGACCAAAAAGCCUUAGCUCAGUCUCAUAGCUCCUGUUUGUAACUGUUUUGUGGAACAUUGUGUAUCCCUCUGGUUGGAGUUUUAUGUUUUGCAUUGUCUUAUUUUACUUUUUGUAUUUUUUAUUUAAUCAUUUGGCUCAGCUUCAGAAUUACAAAACAUUUAUUUCAUGUCAGCUGUGAAUCAAAGCCAAAAUGUGAGAGACAAGAUUUAUGUAGGAUGGAAGUUAUACAAAUAUACCUCAACUGACUUGCCUUGUUGGUAAGUUUCUCUGGAAUUUCUUUUGGACUCAGGAAUGUCCUGUCAUAAUAUGUCAUAAUAUAUUGCUGUGUUGUAUUUAUAUAAACGCAGAGAAUGUAUCGUUAAUGACUUCAAGCUUUUGACAAGUGAACACUAAAACAGUGCUACCUCACUCUUCUAGAGAAAUAUGCAAUACUUAGUGCAGCAUGUGUUCAUUUAGCCAUCUGCUGAAAUCUUCUGUAUGUGGACAAUCAAGUAAACAUAUCAUUGCAAACAAAUGUCACUGUGAACUUGACAACUGUAAAAAAAAAAAAAAAAA